GUAUGUUAUUACAGAUUAUUGUUUAGUAUUGUUUUCGUAGCUGGAAGGCAGCGUUUGCACUGUACAACUAUGUCGUUUGCAUUUUCUUCUUUGAAAACAAAAUAGUACGUAUGUAUUCCGUUACUCCCCAACCCUGAUAGCCAUACAGUUGAUGGACCCCAUUGACUUAUAUAGUAGGAAAAAAAUACAAUGUCAAUGGGGGUCCAUCAAAAAUACAAAGUCAAUGGGAUCCAUCAACUGCCUGGUUACUAACAUUAUAAUAUCUUCUUUUGUGUUCAACAGAAGAAAGAAAGUCAUACAAAUAUUUUUAAUAUUGUUUUUAAUGGAGCGCAGUAAAAUGAUCUGAACACACAGAGAGGCUGCUCUCUUAUAAUGGAAGUGGAUGGAGACUACUGUUAAAUAGUAUUUUUUUUAUGGUAGUCCAUCUUUUUGGCUAAAUAUUUUUUGCGUUUCAUGAAAGAAGGUUUUACAGAGGAUUUAAAUGUCAUGAGGGUGAGUAGAUGACGGAAUUUUAAUUUUUGGGGUGUACUGUUCCUUUAAAAACUGUCUUCUGUUCCACUAAUGAAAUCUGUAAAUCAGUAAAGUGAAUUACCCCGUACAUGUACAACUUUCUGAGGCAUUCAUCUAAAUGGCUCUCUUUGGGGAAGUGUCUGCUGUGUUCCUGUGCUGGAGGAUGAUUACUGCGAUGACGCGACGCGACGCGCGGAUCAUAUGAGCUUGUUGUAGCAACACGAGUUUCCACGGGGAGGAGAGCCGAGACCCCCUCGGUGGAGACAGGAUGAGCCGUUCACUUAUGGUGCACAGUUGACUUUUAGUCUAGUAGUGGAGUCUGUUGGUUAGUUUGCAGAGCUGAUCAGAUCAAUGGCUGGUGACGCGCUGGAGGCAGUUUGGGAUCCGACAGCAGAAGACUCUUCCCCGGUCAGCGAGCUCUCCUUGAGCCUGCAGAACCUCCAGUGCCAGGAUGGUCCAAAGAUCUCGCCCGCCUGGAGAAAGCUUGUUUUGACGCCUGAAUGCAUCAGUCCGCCGCUCAACACUCUCUCCAGGGACAGAGAGACGCCGACAGUCUCUGCAGUGAGGAGAAGACGAGCGAGCCUGUCACCUGACUCCUCUUCAAACACGUCCGGGUGUCUGUGGAGGGGCCGUCACGAUUCUCCAGCCAAUAAAGAGACUGAGCGAGCCUUUAAGCGGCUGCGCGUGCGUCUGUGCAGCAGAUUCUCCGCUGAUGAAGCUGAAGCAGCGGGCAGAAGCUGGAGACAGUGCCGCAGUGAUCCAGAAGAGGACGCCAGUCACCCGCGACAGGUGGACGCGCUCGACCCAACGGCCGUUGCGAGGUUCAGUCAGAUGAGGUCACGGCACGAAGCCCCGCCCACUGACGUCACUCAAGAUACCGUCGCUGACCUGUCACUCAUAGGGGACUUUAGUAAGCAACACCUGCUUCCUGUGGAGAGAGCUGGCCAUCCGGAGCUUCACUGUGUCAGCGCACAAACCGUGGCGUCUCUGAUCAGAGGUCAGUUUGGCCCUGCAGUGGAGGACUUCCUCAUCGUCGACUGUCGUUACCCGUACGAGUACCAAGGAGGACACAUUAAGGGCGCAGUGAACCUGUACACCGAGUCUCAGAUCCAGCAGGCGGUUCAUCAGGCCUCAGCCGGAGCUCUUCCCCUCUGCGCCGCAGGAAACGGCUUCUCCCGGAGGCUGCGGAGCCGGUGGGCGGCUCGUCCGUCUGACUCACUCCCAGAGGAGGAGGUGUCAUCGCCACGGAAACUGAUAGUGUUCCACUGCGAGUUCUCAUCGGAACGAGGACCACAUCUGUGUCGGUAUCUGAGGAGGCUGGACAGGUGUGUCAAUGCUCAGGUGUAUCCGAACCUGCACUAUCCUGAGCUCUACCUGCUGCUGGGGGGAUACAAACACUUCCAUGCCUCUUAUCCGGAUCUGUGUGAUCCCUGCGGAUACGUGCCCAUGCGCCAGCGGGAGUACCGGGAGCAGCUUCACGGGUUCCGCAGGAAAAGACCCACACGGCAGAGAAGACGACGGCCAAUCAGAAUACAUCAAAGAACAACACAUUAAAUUAUAUAUUAUACACCGGUAUAUAUUUAUUUGUAUGAUCUUUCAUGUACAUCUGACAAGUCAACUAAACUGUAGGACACUGAAUAAAGUUUUUCAAACUCUGA